AUGCAUCUCAGGCGUUCCUUCGAGGUCCGGUUGGUACGAGAACGGGGCGAGCCACAUGUCGAUUUCCAUUUUUACGACCAUAACGAUGGUUAUGCAAUCGUCUGGGAGCUGCUACUGGGGAAGAAGGGCGACAGAAGGGUGGGAGCUGGGCGUCUACUGGACCACGAAUGGAUAGACCUCGAGCUCCUCCGAAGUUGGAAACAGAAAUGCCUCGCCACACACGGAGAUGAAAGCAGCAACCCCUUUAGAAUCCCCCAGGUACUCCCGGCCUGGUUGAUUGACACGGUCGAGAAGCGGCUCGUGCCCGGCACGACGGCCGGAACCCCUGCGGCGGCGCCGCCCGGCGGUGGUCAGAGGACGUCGGUAUUAAGAGAGUACGGAUCAAGGAAUCUCACAUACCCGGAGGAUGCACUUCCUGGCAUUUUGGGGCUCCUACCCCUCUUCUGGCGGUCCUUCCCCGGCGGCUUUCUGUACGGCCUCCCCGAGAUUAACUUUGAAGCCGCGCUUAGGUUUCGUCGAGCACGCCAAGCCGCACAUACGGGCUGGAAACGCGGGUAUCAGGCAAUCCCUAUAACCCAGUGGUACACUCACUGGACCCCUUGCCACAUGAACCGACGGCCGAUACGACCCCGGUGGCACACAGUGACGGAGCGCGCAGGGGCCGAGUAUUAUAUGUGGAGGCGCGAGGGCUGGGAGAGGAAGGAGUUCGACGCAGCAAAGCACAUGCUGCAAGACGAGUGCGAGUACAACGAGGCGGGUAUGAUGCCUAUAAUCCCGCCCGAAGGACUGGGAAAGCACAUCUACAAACACCCGGGCCUCCCCGGGAAAGAGUACUGGGCCCCGCUGCCUUUGGGCUCCGAGGAGACAUGCCAGCUUUCCAGCAGCCCGCCCCAGACACCCUACAUAUUAUGCGUGACGAAGAAGGGCUGGUUCGCGGUCGAGCGGGUCCCGGACGUGAGCUCCGCGGAUGAGAAGAUAGUGGUUGAUGGGCGCCACGUCGGACGCCUCAAGGUCCAGUGCGAAUCCGACAAGGAGCUCCUCCCCAUGGCCGGCGACGAGGACGCCGAGAAGGUCGAGAUAGAGCUCGUCGCCAUCUGCCGCAAGCAGAAACCCGUCACCAAAGGUCCGGAAGAGACUGGCGACGCUGCGCAACCCACCGUCACCUAUUCGGAAUCCUAUGUCAAUCCGAGAUACAGAAGACUCCUCCUCUCUUCUCAGUGCGCUUCUCACAAUCCCUACGGAGCCGAAAAGGCCGACUACAAGUACUCACUCAAGACCUGCACCCUCGUCUUGGCCACUUCCGACCCGUUAUCACCCUCGCCCAUGAAGCGCAUGAUCUCGAUCAUCCGGUCUAGACAGAGGAUGUGCGUUGCAUGGUCAGUGCGGAUGUUCUAG